AUGAGACUGUUGGGGACGUUGCUCAUUUUGGUGCCCCUGCAAGUGAAGGCGCGCAGUGACGUUCUUAGCAGAGUGAACUCCAAACUGCCCAAGGUAACCCUCAGCACCGUUUGCGCGAAUAGGCAUAACAAGGCCACGUAUAUCAUACAUAGGCCAAUACCCAGGGAGAGUAAAAGGAGGUACUACUCCUUUGUAAGCAGAAGGGUGAGUGCCCACCCAAGGAGCGCUGCUUUUAGAAGCAUGAAACAAAGCCACGUUGAAGCAAGCGGCUCAGCCGCUGGGGAAACGAUCCGCAUAGAGGAGCAAAUAGAAAGGUGCAGCCAGGAAAUAUCAACCCUUGUCGAGAGGAAUGAAUGCAUCCAAGGAAUAGACGAUGAGGAGAUGAAAAAGGAACACGCUGCGAAUGAGAAAUCCCUGCAAGAGAAGAAACGAAAGUUAAAACUUUUGUAUGGUGUCCCAAGUGAGCCACUAAAUUUAGUGAAUAACAGAACCAAGGUAGAUAACUUAGCCAAAAGGAAGCUCUUUUACACCAACUCUUUUGAAAUCUAUGGAGGUUCCUCAGGGUUAAUUGAUUACGGUCCAUCUGGCUGUCUUCUAAAAUCAGAACUGGAGACCCUCUGGAGGUACCAUUUCAUUUUUUACGAUGAGAUGCUCGAAAUCUGCGGAACGUGCAUAACCCCCUACAACGUUUUGAAGACCUCUGGACAUGUGGACCGGUUCACAGACCUUAUGAUCAGGGAUGCCGUCACGGGGGAUUUCUACAGAGCGGAUAAAUACAUCGCAGAGUACUUAACAAGUAAGGUAGAGGAGGCGAAGAAGAAGAAACAGGAAAACAAUACGGCGAAGAGAACAGAGGGGGAUGACGGGUCCAUGGAUAAAAGGGAUAACAAACUCGAGCAGGACAGCCAAAUGGAUGACCCCGAAAAAAUGAUGGCGAUCGUGAGGAGGCUAGACGGAAUGAAUGAGCAAGAAAUAAAAGACGUCAUCAAGCAGUACGAUAUAAAGUCCCCUGCUAAGAAUGACUUCGUAGGUCCCUUCCCCUUCAACCUCAUGUUUCAGACGAGGAUUGGCCCGAAGGAAGACGUAGAAAAUAACCCCGCCCAGAGGGGAAAAUCAAAUGAGUCAUCCACACAUGUGGACGCAAACAGUUUGAACAGCGUUGCAUUUCUUAGACCAGAAACUGCGCAAGGAAUUUUUGUAAAUUUUAAAAAGUUGCUAGAGUAUAAUGGAGGGAAGAUGCCCUUCGCAGGGGCGCAAAUCGGACUGGGUUUUCGAAACGAAAUAUCUCCAAGGAAUGGUCUCCUACGUGUACGUGAAUUUGAAAUGGCUGAAAUUGAGUACUUUGUAAACCCGGAAAAGAAAUGCCAUGAAAAAUACCACCUGUUUAAGCAUUUAAUUCUGCCCCUGUAUCCACGAGAGGAGCAGCUCGCCAGUGGAGAACACAGCCAUGUAGUCUACAUGGAGAUAGAAGAAGCAGUCACCAAGGGUAUUAUUGCAAAUGAGGCGCUAGCGUACUUCCUAGCAAGGACCUAUUUAUUCCUCCUAAAAUGCGGUAUUAACAAGGAUGGUCUACGAUUUAGACAACACUUACCCACUGAGAUGGCUCACUAUGCGAAUGACUGUUGGGACGCAGAAAUUUUAACAUCCUACGGUUUUAUCGAAGUGGUGGGACAUGCAGACAGAUCUGCAUACGAUUUGAAGAAUCACAUGAAGGUAACGGGGGCAAACUUAUAUGCCUGUGAGAAGUAUGAUACCCCCGUGGAGGAAGAGCAUAUAAAAAUUUCUCCAAAUAAGGCAAAGAUAGGAAUGAAGUUUAAAAGCCAACAAAAUGCCAUCUACCAAUGGCUGAAUGAGAGGACAAAGGAAGAACUAUUAUCCAUCGAUGAGGAGUUGAACAGGAACAACUCCUACGUUGUGGAAAUAAACGUCAGUGGUGCUUCCUCCUCUCCUAUGUCAUUCGAAUUAACCAGAGAUAUGAUCAAGUUUGAUAAAUGUAAAAAGAAAGUACAGGAAAGGAAUUUCAUUCCCAAUGUGAUUGAACCUUCGUUUGGGAUUGGUCGACUCAUUUUUUGCAUUAUUGAGCAUUCAUUUAGGACCCGCACCUUCACAGAUGACAAGGAGGAGAGACAAUACUUGUCUCUGCCCUAUGCACUGGCACCGAUUAAAUGCUCCGUGCUAACCAUAUCGAACAAUAAAACGUUCGUUCCGUUCGUGAAGCAGGUUCAAAUGAUCCUAAAUGAGUUCAGCAUUUCCUCCAAAAUUGAUAACUCCAGUGUCUCCAUUGGAAAGAAGUACGCUCGGACAGACGAAAUUGGCAUCCCCUUUGCAGUCACCAUCGACUUCCAGACGCUGAAGGAUAAGACGGUCACACUGCGGGAGAGGGACUCCAUGCUGCAGGUCAGGAUUGGCUUGUCAGAUUUGGUCGAAAUUGUGACUUCCCUGCUUCGCCAGAAGAAGACCUGGGCCGAUUACGUUGCUCAGUACGGCCUCUUCACGCAGCAGAAUUUGGACCCCUAG